UCCAUUGGCAGCGGGCCCAACUCGCCGCAGCGCGUCGUCUCCAAUCUCCGCGGAUUCCUCACCCAUCGCCUCAGCAACAUCACACCGAGCGACACAGGUUGUUCACUGGCAUGCAUACACCUCCAACAACUACUACAACCACACCAAAACAUGUAAAACCACACAGCAACAACAUCAAAGGCAGCGGCAAACAACAAGAACAACACCACAGUUAACCACAAGCAACGAUAAACCACCUCGAAAGGAGCAAAGAAAGCGGAAACGGAAGCGGCCACAUUUGUAUUUCCGGCAGUAAAAACAUGACAGCCCCACAGAUCGGCGCAUAAAAAGCUUUAAAGCAACAGAGAAGAGUACAAAAGAAAGGAAAAAUAGCGAGAGAGAGAAAUCCAGAAGAAACUGGUCCAGAACUUUGUACACCUCAGCGAUUAUCAAGUUAAUCAACCAAAAUGGCCUCAUUCCAAAUACCUGUUAUCAACCUCGAAGUGCGCGAGGUCAAGGAGAUCGUGUGGGAGAAGAUCCAGGAGCCGGUGAACCAGCGUCGUUUGAUCCUGGUGAUCGUAUCGAUAGCCCUGCUGCUGGACAACAUGCUGUAUAUGGUGAUAGUGCCCAUCAUACCCGACUAUCUGAGGGAGAUAGGCAGCUUCGACGAUGGGCCCACGCCGCCUCCUUUGAGGGAUAACAUUACAGGGAAGAUCAUACCCAUGCAUCAUGACCACCACGGCCAAGACUCGGCCACGGGCAUCCUGUUCGCCUCCAAGGCCAUCGUCCAGCUGAUGGUGAAUCCCUUCUCGGGCGGCCUCAUCGAUAAGAUCGGCUACGACUUACCCAUGCUGAUCGGCCUGACCAUCAUGUUCUUCUCCACGGCCGUCUUCGCCUGCGGCAGCAGCUACAGCGUCCUGUUCUUCGCCCGAUCUCUCCAGGGAGCUGGUUCCGCCUUCGCAGACACCGCCGGAUUGGCCAUGAUAGCCGAUCGGUUCACGGAGGAGAACGAGCGAUCCCAGGCUUUGGGAAUUGCGCUGGCCUUCAUCAGCUUUGGCUGCCUGGUGGCGCCACCUUUCGGCGGUGCCCUCUACCAGUUUGCCGGCAAGGAAGUGCCCUUCCUGAUCCUGGCACUGGUCUGCCUGCUGGAUGGCCUGAUGCUGCUCCUGGUGAUGAAGCCGGUCAAGGAGGCGAUCAAGCAGAGCAAGGAGGUGCAGGACCAGGUGAUACCCAUCUGGCGCCUGCUCAUGGAUCCCUACAUAGCCGUCUGUGCUGGUGCACUAACCAUGUCCAAUGUGGCGCUAGCCUUUUUGGAGCCCACCAUCUCGCUGUGGAUGGAGGACAACAUGACCACGGAGAACUGGAAGAUUGGCAUGGUGUGGUUGCCCGCCUUCUUUCCGCACGUGCUGGGCGUGGUCAUCACGGUGAAGAUGGCCCGGAAGUAUCCACAGCACCAGUGGCUAAUGGCCGCCGUCGGAUUGGCCCUGGAGGGCUUCUCCUGCUUUAUCAUACCCUUCUGCAGUGGCUACAAGAUGCUCAUGCUGCCCAUCUGUGUGAUCUGCUUUGGAAUCGCCCUGAUCGACACCGCUCUACUGCCCACACUGGGUUAUCUGGUGGAUGUGCGUUACGUCUCGGUUUAUGGCAGUAUCUAUGCCAUAGCGGAUAUAUCCUAUUCCAUUGCCUAUGCCGUGGGCCCCAUUAUCGCUGGAGGAGUGGUGGAAGCCAUUGGAUUCACGGCCCUCAACUUCUUGAUAGCCUUCUCCAACCUGGCCUAUGUGCCCGUGCUGCGAAAGCUCCGGAACAUUUACGACUUCAAACCCUUCGAGAACGAGGCCAACAUCCUGAUGCAGGACCCGCCCAACAAGGAGUACCAGACCUACGUGAUGCACGACCAGAAGCCCGUGGAGGGCGGUGUCAAGAAUCAUCUGGAGUACGGGCAGCAGUAUCAGCAGGAGCAGGAGACCAAUCUGGAUGACCAGCAGUACGAGUACCAGCAGCAGCAGGGAUACCAACAGGCUGGGGGCUAUCAGCAGGACCAGGGCUACCAGCCGGGCUACCAGGAGCAGGGUGGCAGCUACGCCCCCCAGGGACAGCCCCGCGUGGCCAAUCCCUUCCAGCAACAGCAGCAGCAACAACAACAGCAGGCCCAGAGCAGAGGUCCUGCCGGUCCGGCGAAUCCCUUUAGGCAAGGAUUUUAAACUGUUGCCCAUGCCCAUAGGCAAAACCGAAACUCUAGUCUUAAACCGUGUUCUUUUCGUUUUUUGUUGAACCCACUCUAAACUCAACACAAAACACAUAUACAUAUAUUUAGCAUAGACAUAUAGGCAAGUGGUACGUACACUAUAACGAGCAUAACAUGCAGAUAGUUAAUACAGCAGCUAGUUAAUGCACCGCACCAAGUUUUGUAUCAUACACGAAUGUUGAAGCAACUAAGAUCAGUGAUGGGAUAGGCAGGAUUUGGGCUUACCUGGGUGUUUUAAAGGAAAUAAUCCUAGGAUGUUAUAUGUAGCAAGAAAAAAGGAUUUUUAAAUCAAAUUAAUGGUUAUAUCUUUCAGAUUUCCUGAUAUCAAAAAAAAGUAAGGAUAAAGAAUAAUAUAUCAAAACAGCUUGUAAACCUUCUGUUAGUACAAUAUCAGUUCUAGAUCAUUCUAUAAAAACAAUUAUUUAGGCUAGCAACUUUAAAAAAAGUCAAAAACAUCUCGCGAAAACAAUAUAAAUUUCAGACAAAAGGUGGAUUAAUAGAGGAUUCCUCCACCCAAGUAAGCCCAAAACCUACCAUGGCCUACAAAGUUCCCAUCGCUAGAACUACGCAUAUAUGCAUCAGCAUAUAGCAGCUAUAUAGAGCGGUCCGAUCGGAUCGCCUAUGCCCUAUACUCAGUACUCAUGCAGCCGUUUUCGUGUCUAUCAGUCAGUGAAGCUAGAGAAACCAAAGCCUAGGCAUAGUUAGUCGAUAAGGGGAGGACUUCCUUUGGACUCCCGCCCUAUCAAAUAUACACACAUACAAAUAUGUAUCAGAUAUUAUAUACACGCAUAUAUAAAUAUAUCUAUAUACAAGCUAGUUGUAAGCGGCUCAGCUGGCCAGAGGACCAUUUUCGACCAAGUACCGCCGUUACACAGGCAAUGGCAUCCAUAUCGCAGACAUAUCACAAGUUGCACAAAUCGAAACCCUCCCCCGCCCGCUGAACCAGAGGAACUCUUUCGGUUGUCAUUGUGGCGGACUUGGGACGAGAGUGGAUUCCCGGCCAGCCAGGCUAUAUGAUUUCCAGUUGAAAUAACUUUUAAUUUGAACGUUUCUUAACAUAAGACACAACCAAGGUAACGAUACAUAUCAGAGUCUCGAUGGCUCGCCUGUUAAAAUUACCAAAAGUGAUAUUACUUAUUGCUACUAGUCUAUACAUAUAUCGGUAAUCAUAUCAUAUCGGUAACAUACACACCUACUUUUAGGCCGUACAUGAAGUGUACAUACAUAGGUUAUACAACCAAUGGAAACGGAAAUCAAUUUGAGAUUCAAAUUCAAGUUUCAUAUUUACCUACCAAUCAAUUAUUAUUUGCUUGUUGACUCUAUGAGCACACGGGCCGUUCCGAUCAUGGGACUGCCGCCAUAGUAGAUCUUCGAUAGCAUAGCAUAAAUGUGUGUACCUUGUCUAUAAGAUAAAGAUAAACCUAAAGAAAAACAUAUGAACAUAUUGAUAAACGAUUAUUGUAUGCAUACCAUACGGUAUUUUUGAUUCAUUUCGACUGCACGACUUUUUAGGGCUGUUUAUUGCCCCUAUAUUAUACACCUUUUAGCUGGACCCUACGAUCCACUGUACGAAUAAGUAAAUGUAUCUUUUAUAUACAGUUCAGCAUGCGUAUAUUGGAUGUCAGAAUGAUUAUGUACAUUUUUCGAAUGUGUUUAGUCGGCAAUUACAGUUAGUUACGAGUAUAUCACAGACUUUCUAUAUCCGUGGACAUAUCAGUAAAACGGCCAUUUCGAAACUGCUGUCAAUGCGGACCCAAUAUAAAUAUGUAUGAGUAUCUUAUGAAUUACGAAAGCAAUUGGUUAUACGCUAUAUACACUAUACAUUAACAGAAAUGCACUGAUUUUAAUGAAGUUACAAAUUACGUUCAUAGGAUUUUAGGAACCACUCGUUUUAAUAUGCGUUUCCAUUAAAUUUGUUUUAAUAGAUAAAGUAGAAAAUUGUUGUCUGUUCUUAAGGAUUGUUUGCAUUACAUUUGAUUAUGUUCGUUGAUACUUUAAACUUUUUAAUUAUUUCCCUAGUUUUAUAAACACUUACAUACCACUUAAAAUAUAUACAUAGCUCUACAAAUUUACAAAACUGUAGAAAUACUCUUAACUAUAAUAUGAAUUAAACUCAUGAAAAAAUCUCCCAUCAAAAGUAUCAAUUAAAACGAAGGACAGGUAGUGGUGAAGAAUAAAGUGUUAAAGCAUACUACAUAUUUAUAUAUGAAAAGCGAAGAAGAAGAAAACCAGAACAAUUAAUAUAGUCAAUAACGUACAUAUAUUUAUUAUGUAACAUAUUAUAAAUAGAUUGUUUAUUUAAGUAGGUAACAAUAGAGUUUUAAUUACAAGUAACCGAACAUAAAUAUAAUAAAACCCCGAAAUAAGCAAUAUUUAUUUAAGUUUCCUUUGAUACAAUCAUCUAGAAACCAGCCCUAAAGUCAUGUACAGUUUGGAAAUAUCAUUUAAUUCCAUUCCUGUAUUCCUUCACAUAAACUUUAAAAUCUUCACUGAAAUAUGAUUAAUCUUUACAUGACUUUCAAGGCUGGAUGUAGAUAGAUGUCAAAAAGUAAAACAUGACAGUUUCAGGCAUUCAAGAUUUCAAUAGAUUUGAACAGUUUUAACCAAAGUUUGGUAGAGCGCAACAUGUAUAUGAAUCUUCCAGUUUUGGUUUACAAAUAAAUAUAUAAAUAUACAGCUAAGUAAUAACCAUCACAUAAUGUAGUCAAAGGACGGGGUCCCAGAAGGUCAGCAGAAAGUAACCUAAAGGAUGUGGUAGCAGUGCCGGCAAUGUGUAAUAACUUACUAAACAAAUAAGAGCAAAUGGAACGCAUAAACUAAAUGUGUUACGAGCAUAUAAAUAUAAACAUAACACCAUAAGAAACGAUGUAUGAUAAAAUAUAUAUAAAUAUACAUUUAUAAAAUGAAUUACAAAACACGAUAGCAGUUAAUUGAAUGGUUAUACUCUGCGUAUUACAAGUGUUGAAUGUUCAAUAGCAUUAUAUGAAUUAUGAAUUAUACGCAAUACCGUGCGCUAUGGAUAAUUAAUGAACAAAUUAAUUUUUAAUAUCGAAUAUUUACUAAAUGAUAUAGGGAUUUUACCUUGGCAACAAAACCAGUAGCACAGAAAAAUAAUUUGAUAUUUUUUCAUAUGAGAAAUGCCUCUCCGACAGUUUCUAUGUGUUGUGCGUGUGAAGAACGUUUUAGAAAAUUUAAUUGUAUACCCUAGACAAAAUAAAAUGAGUUUGUAAGUGAAGCCCACAAAGUUAAUGCCACCACAGUUCAGUUUUGUAUUGUAUAUAAGGCAUAUUGUUAGUUUCGAAUGUCUUUUUUGGUAAUUUGACUCUUGAAAGUCAAGGUCGGAGCGUUUCAAGUACAUACUAAUAUAGUACGGAGCUAAAUUAUUACGAAAGUCUUUGCAAUUUGUUUCGGCUAAUGUUAUAGACGUUUGUGUUACAUAUUUAACAAUAAUUAUUACGAUAAACAGUGGAAAUUAUUAUAACAGAUAAGUAAGCAAAUGCAAAACCAGAGGCGAUACUACAAUUUUACCAACUAUCCAAAUCCCAGUUCUGUAACGUUGCUGUUCAAUUUCCAAGUCUAUCCAUCUAUAUUCUAAACGUAAUUAUGUUUGUAUCUGAAUAUCACACCGUUCUUCAACUAUCCCCAAGAAAAAAACUAAGCAAACUAAGUGCUAUGCAUAUCAAAACGAAGCGAAUCGAUGUUCGAUGACUUAACAUAGCUAGAGCAUAUUUUCAAGGCAAGCCAAAAAUGUCCUCUAUAAUCAAAUGUAAACAGUAGGGAAAUCAAGCAGGAACUGCCUCAAAAACAAACACCCUUGAAGUUUGGUUCAGUGUGUGCGAAUUUUCCAGAAAAUUCAAAGCUCAAUUCAAGCAAAAUUAAGAGUUAAAACAAAUACAACAUGUGCUGGCAUUGACAUUUUCUGGAAUUAUUCAAGGGUAAAACACAAAUAGAAAACUCGCAUGAAUCUAUAAACGUAUUUGGAUUGCAUCGAAAGUGAAUUCAAAGUGGCAGUUGCCUGCUUCUGGCUAUGGGAAAUGUUAUGAAUAAUGAAUUGAGCAAGCAGAAAAUAUAACCGAACGUACAUUAGAGCAUACAGAUAUUGGCAUGAGCUAUAGAGGAACGAUAAUGCAUUAUUACAGAGCAAGCCAUACACCCCAUACACACACCCCACACAACACCACCCAACAGAAACAAACAACACAAAACAAACAUGUACUAUUGAAAUAUAAUUGUUAACCAUGGAAAAA